GCUACAUACGUCUUCCUCCUGCGGAACGUCUCCCUAUAUCGUCCAACAUGAAUGCAGCAACCUCGAAUCUCGUGCUCUCCAUCGGCGCCAUGCAACUGGCCCGCAAAAUCCCUUUCGAGGACCCACAGGUGCUCACCUAUGUUCGAGUUGCAUAUGUUGCUGUCCAGGUCAUCGUUCUUGGAGUGUACUACUUUAUUACCGCCAAAAUAAAGGCGAAGAACGACCAGACGGUCCUCAAGUAUGUCGAACCAGCCGGCCCAAUGUCCAAAGAACCAGGAAAGCUGGUAGCGACCACUAACCGGGACUAUGACCUUACGGAAAUGAACAAGGCCAUGCGUGGCGUGUGGAUGGGUGUCGCUAUGAUGGUGUUCUUGCACGGUUAUCUCAAGUACACGCAGCCAUUGUUCAUCCAAUCCCUCAUGGGUUUGAAGAACCUGUACGACUCCAAGCUCGUCGCCGUCUACAUUUUGGGCAAGCCCGCCGAGGGCGAUCUCAAGCGUCCCUUCAAAGGCGCAGGCGGUUUAAUGGGUGCUGGCGCCGAGCCGCAAACCGACAAGGCAGCGAUCGAGGAGGCCGAGAAGAGGAUAGGCAAGAAGGACGACUAAGCGUCCUACCUUUAGUCCCAACCUUCGUUAUUUAACUUUAUAUGCUCGCUUUCGAGAGAUAGAGGCGGGAUAUCUUCACACUGUUUUGGCUAGGAGACGCACACCAUGCCAGCAAUGUCAUCGGAUAAGGGUUGUCGGGACACAAAAAUGCACGUUCACAUC